UCAAUGGAAUCUGAUAAACAAACCGCAGCCCGGCGCUUCCACCUUCAACAAUUCCGUCGACUCUUCAGCUACAUCGGAGCCACCGUCGCCCUUCUCCUCUUCUCCUACUCUUCCUUCUAUAUUCCGAUACCUCCGAGCAACCCCGGCGAUCUAUUCCGUCGCGCAUCCGCCAUACUCGUCAGCCCUAGCUUCGUCUUUCUCGUCGGAAACACUAUUAUUCUCCUCCUCUUUGCCAAAUCCGGCCAGCUCUCAUCCUCCUCUGAGUUCAUUUCAUCCGAAUUCAACUCCUGUGAGGUGCCUUACCCUUCGCCUCCUAAUUUGGAACCGAUUGAAGAAGAUGAGUUUGAGGAAAAGAAGGUAUGCGUUGAGAUUAGUUCUUUUAGGCGGAGCCAAUCGGAGAAAUUAGAGCGAGUUCGGGAGGAGCCGGAGCUCCGGCGAUCGGGGACGGCGGUUAUAUCGCGCGGAAGAAAAGGGGAAGUGGCGCACGAUGGAGAGGAUUCGGAGGGAGAGGAAGAUGCGGAGCAUUUUCGGCGCACGAUAGAAGAGUUUAUUGCUAAGCAUCAGCGGCGGUUUCAGAGGGAGGAGUCGCUGGCCGUGGUAUCGUUCUCCGACGGAAUAACAGAACCUUUCACUAUGUAAUUGUGGUAAAUAAAUUCACGCGAAGGCAAAAUAAAGUAGGUUUUUAUUUUA